GUACAACCCCAGCCGACACUUAACAAUUCACACCUGCUCUUUUACUCUUUCUUAAACCCUAAUUUUUCUCGCUUUAGUCUUCCCACUCAAGUCAACCACCAAUCGAAUUCGAUUUUGAUUCACUGGUGGAAUGAUUUAGAAAAAAGAGUAAAGUUUCCAUCUUUUUGAUUUCUUGUAAUUAUCGGAAAUGGGGGAUUCCGACAGGGAUUCCGGUGGAGGGCAAAACGGGAAUAAUCCCAACGGACAGUCCUCGUUGUCUCCCAGAGAGCAAGACAGGUUCUUGCCGAUCGCUAACGUCAGCCGGAUCAUGAAGAAAGCCUUGCCCGCCAACGCCAAGAUCUCCAAAGAUGCCAAAGAGACGAUGCAGGAGUGUGUCUCCGAGUUCAUCAGCUUCGUCACCGGAGAGGCAUCGGAUAAGUGUCAGAAGGAGAAGAGGAAGACGAUCAACGGCGACGAUUUGCUCUGGGCUAUGACCACUCUAGGGUUUGAGGAUUAUGUUGAGCCAUUGAAAGUCUACUUGCAGAGGUUUAGGGAGAUCGAAGGGGAGAGGACUGGACUGGGGAGGCCACAGACUGGUGGUGAUGUCGGAGAGCAUCAGAGAGAUGCUGUCGGCGAUGGCGGCGGGUUCUACGGUGGUGGUGCGAUGCAGUAUCACCAACAUCAUCAGUUUCUUCACCAGCAGAACCAUAUGUAUGGAGCCACAGGUGGCGGUAGCGACAGUGGAGGUGGAGCUGCCUCCGGUAGGACAAGGACUUAAAAGAUUGGUGAAGUGGAUCUCUCUCUCUCUCUCUGUAUAUAGAUACAUAAAUACAUGUAUACACAUGCCUAUUCUUACGACCCAUAAAAGUUUCGUAAUAUCGAUACAUAAGGUAUCAUGUGAUAGAACGAACAUUGGUGUUGGUGAUGUAAAAUCAGAUGUGCAUUAAGGGUUUAGAUUUUGCGGCUGUGUAAAGAAGAUCAAGUGUGCUUGUUGAACAAUAGGAUUCACUAACGAAUCUGCUUCAUUGAAUCUUGUAUGUAACUAAAGCCAUUGUAUUGGA